CUUCGAAAUAGGGAAUGGACUGUGUUACAAGUGAGCUUACUGCGUGAAAUCAGAAGAAAGAAGCAGAGCCCACGAAAAGAAAAGCACAAGAAACCGAGCUGCCAUUUCCAGGUACACAAAUUUAAGGAAUGGAGGAGAAGACACCUACAAGUGAAGGGGGGAUUACUGAAGAGUGGAGUAAAGAGGAGAAAUGGCCAGGUAAGUUGUUCACCAGUCCCAGUGUGGACAUUAAGCAAGAUGACUGUGAAUGGGAAACUGCAUACCAUCAGCAGCAGAGAUCCAUUGUUAAAGAGGAAGAUUGUGAAUGGGAGAUUACAAGCAUUGAAAAAGAGACUGACACACAAAACAAUGAAAUUAUUAGCAGUGUCAAGAAAGAAGACCUUAAGUCUGAGCAGGACUCACAGUAUAUCUGUGCAAAUGAAGAGGUGACUGCAUUGAGCUCUACUCCAAAUAGUAACAGCCCUUUACAGGAUCAUUUGAGCCAAUCAAAGUCAGAAUCUGACGGAAUGAAAAAGGAGGAUGAUUGUGAAUUAGAGAUUACAGGCACUAAAAAAGAGACUGACACACAAAACAAUGAAAUUAUUAGCAGUGUCAAGAAAGAAGACCUUAAAUUUGAGCAGGACUCGCAAUACAUCUGUUCAAAUGAAGAGGUGACUGCAUUGAGCUCUACUCCAAAGAGGAGCUGCCCCUUAGAGGAUCAUUUGAGCCAACUGAAGUCAGAAUUAUUAGAAUCUAAUGAGAUGAAAAAGGAGGAAGCGUCAAGUUCUGAAGAAAAUUUACAACAGAACAAUCAUUUGACCUCAUAUCUGUCACCUCAGCAUAAGAGACCACAGCAGACACAGAACAAUGAAAAUCUGAAGAUAUCAACAUCUGAUUUACACUGUUCCACACUGGCCUCUUUGCAGUAUAAUUUCCAACCUGUUGUGAAACUAAUCAGGAUUAAUGAUGUGAGCACUCAUCAGCAGGGGAAGAAUACAAAAUCUAUGAUAUCAAAUUUAUGCAAAGUAAGUGAGAAAAGUUGUCACAGCAAAUCUAAGGAUACAAAUUGUAGAAAAGGCCAACUGAAUCCAAACUGCAGCUCUGAAUGUGGUAAAUACACCAACAGGAGCACUUUUCAGAGACACAAACAAAUUCACAUUGGAGAAAAGCCAUAUUGCUCUCAAGAAUGUGGUAAACGAUUUUCUACUGGACAAGGCAACUUGUUAGCCACUCAAGAGUUCAUAUUGGUGGGAUGCUGGAGAAUAAAGAAUCAGUGAUAUCAAGUUUGUGCAAAGAGAGUGAAAAACAUUGUAACAGGAAAUCUAAAGAUAAAAACCAUACAAAAGAUAGACAGAAGCGACACUUCUGCCCUGAAUGUGGGAAACAAUUUGUCAGCAAUAGAAAUCUUGAGAGACACAAAAGAAUUCACACUGGAGAAAAGCCCUAUUGCUGUCUAGAAUGUGGCAAACGAUUCUACCAGAAAUGCCAUCUUAUUAGCCACACACGAGUUCACACUGGUGAGAAGCCAUUUAGCUGUUCUGAAUGUGGAAAACAAUUCUCCCACAGUAGUGCUUUACAGUCACACAAGAGAUUUCACACUGGAGAGAAGCCAUAUAGUUGUUCUGAAUGUGGCAAACUAUUUUCUGAGAGCAAAAGCCUUCGGAUCCACAUAAGAAUUCACACUGGAGACAAACCAUUUUCCUGUCCUGAAUGUGAUAAACGAUUCUCUGACAAGAGCUGUCUUCGAAGUCAUGCAAAAAUUCACACUGGACACAAACCAUUUUGUUGUCCUGAAUGUGGUAAAUUAUUUGCUCAGAGUAGCAGUUUCCGCGCACACAUCAGACGUCACACUGGAGAGAAGCCAUAUUGCUGUUCUGAAUGUGACAAACGGUUUUUUCACAAACCUAAUCUUCAGAUCCACUUAAGAAUUCACACUGGAGAGAAGCCAUAUUGUUGUCCUGAAUGUAGCAAACCAUUCUAUGACAGGAACAGUCUUCGUAGCCAUGCAAGAAUUCAUAUUGGAGAAAAACCGUUUUCAUGUUCUAAAUGUGGCAAACGGUACUCUUAUAGUAGCAGUCUCCGGGCACACAUCAAACGGUACAAUGGAUGCAAAAAGAAAUUUGUCAAAUGUGCAACAAAACAAGAGAAAUAGUGUUGGUUGCGCUGGGAUCAAUAAAAAGAAUCUUUCAGACAGUUCUUGAUACCUUACCAAUUACCAUAACUCUGUAUGAACUGCCAAAGGAAGAGUUAUUGGAAUAAUGCAGGUUCUACACUUGCAUCGCUGCAAAUUUAAGGGAGUAAGAAAUGAAGUAAUUCAACUGAACUGUCAAGACUAAAGAAUGAGGUUCACUCGUUUCUGAAUAUUGUAGAAAGCAAACCAAGAAAAUUUGGAGAAAUUAACCCAGAGAGAGGCAGUAUUGUUCUUCUGAAUGUAGAGGACUAUGACCAAUUAGACAUUUCACAUUUAUGAUGUUUGCUGUACAUUGAAUAGAAUUAAACAGUAAAGAAUAUUUAUGUAAUGCCACCUGCCUUUCAGGUUUAAAAGGCUGAUAAUUCCAAGACCAGUACAACAGGAAUGGUGAAGCAAGUGUUAGCUGUGCAACAUUACAGCCAAAGGAAACCUCUCUGGUGUGGUAUCAGAGCUGGAUGAGGCUCUUACUCGCACCACUGCAACGAAGAAGUAAAAAAACCUAAACAUGCAACAGGGAGAAAAUAAAGUCCAGUGUUCAACCAUAGAUAAACUUGAAAUUAUAUUCUGAAUUCCAACUUUGGGGUUAGACCAAGAGGGUUUAUGCAGAAAAUGUGAUAUUUCUUAUACAUAGUGAUUUUGAAAUUAGAGUAAAUGUUGUCAAUGUAAGAUAAAAAUCUUAAAUUACCAUCACUUAAGGAAAAAAAAAAGUUUAGGCCAGUUUUGAGAAUACCUUGGAAAAAGCUGCACAAGGAAAGAGCUGGAAGAAAAACCAAAAAGAGAAAGAGGCUAGAAUGGUUAUGUGAUUCUCUGUGUGUGUAAGAUAUCUGAGAGCUACAUUUAUUUAUCAACUCCUGCAUGAAAGAUAAAAGUGCCAGAAUAUUUGAUGCUAAAGUAAACAAAUAUUGUGGAAGUGCAAGAGACACACAAGAGACUGCUCUGUUUAGUGUUUGGAAAAGCAGCAACAUUUUUAACAAAAGCAUGAAAUUGUUCCAAAAAUUCUUACAGCUUAAAGGUGAACAUAAUGUCUGUUUUUAAUUUUACUUUUAAGAAAGGGAUUCUACAAAGAACUAUAAAAAUGAAACAAAGAACACUGCCUGGAAAUUAGCAAAAUAAAGUAGCAUAGAAAGAUCACAACCUAGGGCUGAAGUACACUCGAGUCAUUUCAGUGUGAGAACAAACCUAAAUGAAGACUCCAGACCAUGAGAGAGGCUGACAAAGUACCCAACCCACUACUCUUUAAAACAUUGGAGACUUGCAGAAGUCACAUUGAUUUGGUGGCUCUUCUGUGUCCUUUGCUCUCCUCCCAUCCUUCAGGACCCUCACACUACAUUACUUGUAUUGUAAAGUAAUUUCUACUCACCCUGCACUCUGAAUAAGUUUUUCUGAAGACAUCAGCAAAUCUGUGAAUAACCUGAACAAACACAAGGAUCUGAUCUGAUCCCUGGAAUUCAAAGACUUGUUUUUACUGUAACGCACUCCUCUCAGGACCACCCAAGAAAGACAUCAAUCAGUUGCAACUGGUGCAGAAUGCAGCUGCUAGAAUCUUAAUGAGAUAAAGAAUAUUUGAGCAUAUCUCUCCAGUUCUGAUGUCACUACACUGAUUACCUGUGCCAUUUAGAAUUG